CCAUCUUCCCAACCUCAGCCUAUCAGGCAGUGUAGCAGAUUGGGCUCUGGGCCCCGGUGUCAGAGACCUGGGUUCAAGUCCCGGGACUUUUGUCCGAGUUGGUUCACCCCUCUGGGCCUCCGAGUCCUCAUCUACAGAGAGAGGAUAAUGUUUAUACCCACCUUACAGUGUUCUGUGAGGACAUCCCGCCCGGUGCCUGAAUCAUACGUAGUGCUUAGCAAGUUCCAGCAUUGAUUUAUUUGUUUCAGCUGCUUUCUGAGCUGGACCCUACAGUCUUCCCUUACAAAUAGCCAAUUUCCAGGUACUCAGCUUCUCUUUCGUGCACAAUCGGUUAUGGUUAAUUGUCCAGUGCCCAGAGUUGGUGCAGCGCCCUAACAUGGCUGUGAGUCUGCCCUGGAAUGUGUACCUGUGGCCUCCCACGACACCCGCACGUGGUGUAUAUGUUCUAGGACUCUGUGCUCCAGGGCUGCCUGGCAUCUGGGGGGUCUCCUUGGAGCUACGGCUCUUCUGGCAGAAGCUGAGGCUCACCGGUGUCUCCAGGCCCCUUCAUGAGUGAGGCAAACCAAACCACUGUGGGGCCCUCAGAGCUCUCCACAGCAUCAGCCAUCUCCCCUGGGCUGGGCACUGGGGCCCGGGCAUGGCCUGUGCUGGUGGGCGUCGUGCUGGGGGCUGUGGUCCUCUCUCUCCUCAUCGCGCUUGCUGCCAAGUGCCACCUCUGCCGCAAAUACCGUGCCAGCUACCAGCACCGCCCGCUGCCCGGGACCGGGAAGGGUGUCUGUCCGGAGGUGGGUGAAGAAGAUGACGAUGGCUUCAUCGAGGACAAUUACAUUCAGCCUGGGGCCGGCGGGCUGGGGACAGAGGGCAGCAGGGACCACUUUUCCUUCUGAGCCCCCAUCUUUGGUCACCCCCCACCCAUACCUGACAGCUGAAGGACAGUGGAUACCACAAGGGGACCGUGAGCCUCAGGGACGGAGGUGUCUAGGGCGUAAGGGCUCACCAGGGGUAGAGCAGUCCUCCCUUCCCUGACACUGCUGCUGCUCGGGUGACAAACUUUCUCUUGCUCAAUCACCCUCGAUGACUCCCUGCUGUACUCAGGACAGCUACCAAGGGCCGGGCUAGGGAAAUAAGGCCUCUGUCAGCCUCUUGGUUCCCUUUCUUGCCUUUCCCGACACCACUCCCUACUAAACGAAUUAUUUGUUUUUCCUUCUCUCCUACAUGGUGUUUCUCCAUGCACUUUUUGGUCACACUCUCUCCCCGGCCUAUACUGCCCUUCUGUUCUUGCCAAUCCUCCAUGACUGUGAUGAAAGUCCCUGGUCCAUCGACUCCCUGUAGCCCGUCUACCUGCUAGCAUUUCAAAUGAGCCCGAUGAGAACAUUUUAGCAGGUGCCAAGCAGUGUGCCAACUUUCUUGUUGAAAAUUUUCCCUAUCAAUAAAGUGAGUCAUCUAAACGGUUACAGUAUAUUACACUUUCCACGGGUAUUAAUAAAUCUAUUUUCAUUUUAAACAAAAGUAAAAAGGAGUCCCUGCUUCUCAGUUUUCCUGAGUUGGAACCUGUGCAUAAAAGCAUUCCUUCUCAUAGCUGGAUAGAACUGCUCGGAUGUCCCCUCCUCCGGGGGACGCCUUUUGUGAGCC